AUGUUGCUGGUGAUCGAUGACAAGGAAGAUGAGCAACAUGAAGAUGAAAAUGAUACAACUGAAUCAUCAGUAAACUCGUCGGUUAUUUCAACAAAAAUAACAACACAAGACACACCAAAAGAAUUAUCAUUUCCUGAUGAAUAUUUGUUGCCGGUGUUGCCAAAUCAAAAUUCUUGGCGUGAAUCUUUAAUUUCGAAAUAUAAACGAGAACGACAAAACUCAAAUGAUGAACGACGCGUUGAAAUGAAACUUAAAUAUUCGAGAGAAACAUCAGGAAGAAAAAUAAAACAACGUCCUAUUACUGAAAUGUCAGAAAGAAAUGUAGUAAACAAAAUAUUACUUGCAGAAAAUAUAUCAUCUAAUAAUGAACAAAUGGCAGCAAAAUCCGAAACAAUCAAAGAAGAUUUUCAAAAUAGUUCAUUUGAUUAUGAAAAUCUAAAGCAAUUGUGGUUGGAAACGUAUGAAUAUCGACAAAGUACUAUUAAUCAAAAUUCAAUUGCAGAUGUAAUGGAACAAUUUCCGGCUUAUUCUAAUCUAUUGAUGGUGUUAACAGAUGUUAAAAUAUUAAAAGGAAUAGAUUUGGAUAUUUCUGUGAAAGAAAAACUUGAUUUACUUGCUGGUAAAAUUUGUUCUGGUAAUCAAUAUAUAACAGAUAGUUCAAGCAUUCGUUGUUUUAAAGUAUUGUGUGGUCUAUUAAAUGAUUCAUGGAAACACUAUAUUUAUUUUCAUCCAGAAAAGCCAGUUACUCCUCAACCAUCAAUAGUAAUUGAAGAUGAUGGUAUAAAAGUUUAUCUUGAUUGGACAUGUGUUUGUUCAUCUUCAUCUAUUGAACAGUCUCUUGGUAUAAUUGUCAGUCUAUAUUGCAUUAUGAAUCUCAAAUUUCAUCCACAUCGUACAGCCAUAAGAUUUUUAUAUGUCUAUUUCUUAAAUGAGAAGCAACAUCAGUCAAAUUGUAUUCGAAAAUUUUGUAAAGAAUACAACAUUGAACUUCAAGAUAAAUCUUCAUCAUCACCAAUCGAUCGUCUUGAAGAAAUAGAAAAUGUUGAUCCACCAUUAAAUAAAGAAACUGAACAAGAUGACGAGAAUUUAUUUAUUGACAAGAAACAAGAUAGUCCUACAGAAAUGAUAAAUGUGGCUCAAAUAAUUCAGGCAGAACCAAUGUCAAUUGAUCCGCAAAUCAAUCAUAAAAGAAAGGCAGAUCAGCUAGUUGAUGAACAAGCAUCAGAUAAUGAAAAUGCUCCACCAACAAAAAAAACAGCUCGACCAACGAAAAAACCAACUCAACCAACUCGACCAACUCGAUCAACUCGAUCAACUAGUCGCAAAUCAUAA